UUUUUUGAGGACAUCACUGAUCUGGUCAAUUUAAGUCCUUCUGAGACGUCCUGCUAAAACCCUUCCAUCCAUUCGCAUCAUAAACCUGUUUGGUAGUUGUUUUUACAUCAUCUUAUAGCCCUGGCAACACUGCAAAUAACGGACAAUUCUUUGAAUACAAAAACAGACAUUGUUUUUGUAAAGAUUUUCGUAAAUAUAACGAAAUGUCGGGUUUUAAAGCGCUGAAAGAUGUUUGCCAUAACUUCGAGGAAGAGUUGCGGAAAGUUUCAAAUUAUCUAAUCGCCACUAAAAUAGGUGACACCUUCGAAGAUGGAGUUGCGAAAAAGAUUCGUGAUCUAACGCUAUUUACAUCCAAAUUACGGCUACUUCGAGCUGAUCCAAUAUCUCGUACGCCACAGAUAGCAGCCACUGAACACGACGUACAGACAACCCGGAGCAACUAUGGUGACCUUGCAGCCUGGAGGGUCAUAGAACAACAAACAGUUAAAGCGGUCACUCAAUCGCACGCGGUCAGGACGCUUAUUAGUACACCUGACAGUGUUUUGGAUCCGGAAAUGAUUGAAAGAAAGGAAAAAAUUCUUUACCAUCUAUCAGAAUACAAUACAGUAGAAGCUGCUCUUCAGCAAGUUGAUAAUGUUUUAAAAGUAAAAGAACAAGAAUUGUUCGCUCUAAGGCAGAAAUGGGACUUGCUUCUUGGAGAGCUAAGGGAUAUGAGAGAGAAUGCCAGUGGGAAAGAGAUAGAGGAUUCUGGACCAGUUUAUGUCAAACUCAAGCACUUAGUGAACAAGCUGGAACUAAUAAGAUGGUUGAUUUGCAAGCUGGCCAUCCCGCGAAGCAGAGGCUACGACUGGAUCGUGGACCCACACAGAAGAUUGCAAGCUUUGAAAUUGGCAAGGGAUCCUAUUAAUGUGGAUACUUUUAUUCAGAGUACGUAAGAGUGUAAAGACUUGGUGAAAAACAGGCUUUUUUGUCUUUUUGGCUCUGUGUUGCCGGUUAAACCGUAUCUAUUAAUGAUUUAUGGGCGCUCCUUCAUGGGGAGAAUUCGCUUUCAAUGUAACAGUCCAAAUUCGAGCAUUAAAUCCGUGAAGGAGGAGAACCGAGUGUUGCAAUGCGCAACCUGUAAUGAUACA